AUGGUUGGCAAAGGUGAGGUGAAGAGCAGCAGAAUUUUCCAUCAGUGCUACGUGAAGUGUUGCAAGUUGCAAAACCUUACCCCGCUCACCACUGUCAUACCGGUUGGGAACGGAAAGGUCUUGGACUUUUGUGUGGACAGGAUAAAGUAUGCUGACUGGCCGCCCAUUCUGAACGCACUAAGUUGUGAUUUGAGCCUACAUUCUGUUGCAAUCAAAUGCCGUCAGCAGGUGAAAACAGUACUUGAACACAUAGACUGCGAAAGACUAGCGAAAACCGUUAACAAACGAGCUGUGAUUCUCACGAACUUCAUGCUUAGUAACUUGGUAGAGGCCACGUCUCAACUACUGUCCAACACAACGCUACUGACAUCGUUGCUUCUAGAAGGACUUCCUCUGAAAAUACCCUACUUAAAUCCUAUUUGCGAGGCAUUACUAGCAAACAACUCCCUGCAACACUUAUAUCUACCGCGAUGUCUCAUUGGAGAUGCUGGUUGCUUAGCGAUAUGCAAAGCGGUUCGAUGCCUGCCCAAUAUUCUUACACUGGACCUAAGCGGUUGUGAAUUAACUCCACUUGGCGCUAGUUAUAUUGCGGAUUUGAUUAAGUAUCAGAAGAUCCACCGAUACAGUGAAAACUGGGUUCACACACUACGAUACCGGUUGCCCGAACUGGACACGAUGGCUGGUCUGCGCCGAAUCACGGUCAACGGAAACCCUCUGGGCGAUCAGGGUGUUGGAAAGCUGCUGGACGUGCUGGCUGAUGAUUUGUGGAUUAAAGCUCUUGAUGUUCAAAGUUGUGGAUUGUCAGACGACUGCGCAGCGAUGGCACUACAAAUAAUGAGUUCAAACACUACACUAGUGGUUCUUGAUAUGAGGCACAACUCUAUUUCUAGCGAGUUCCUCUCAAAACUUAGAAAUGGGAUAAUAAUAAAAGACAGAGUCGCUUCUAACGUGAGAACUGCACCUAAUAAGUAUGCAACUAAGACAAGUGUUGUUAAAAAGGAAAAGGAUUAUGCGGAGGCUUUAGAGGAACAGCUACAAGAGGAAAUAUCGCACAGGCAACAGCUCGAAGAGUUAAACUUGCAACUCGUCGAGCAAAUGAAACAGAUGAAACGACAACAAAUGCAGCUCUGGGCCAACAAUUCGGCUUCAUCAGGUUCAGAGCAGUCGUUCCAAGCGAGUUCCCAUUCCGGAGACCUCUCGAGCAGUACGGAAUCCACGAGCUCAGUACCGAUAGAUCAGAACACCUUGUCGUACAUACAGCAGGCGUUUAAGGAUAUAUACGCCUUUAUAAAGAAUAAUCAGUGCAACGGCCAAUGCGAAGAGAAUAUGAAGAAGAAGGAACCAGAUUUGCCAUCUCUUGUGGAGUCACCAGUCUCGGAACGAGGAGAGGCCACAGCGACUGAACUUCGCAUCAAUAUUGCACCCAAACGAGCGCAAAGCUCGCACCUCAAAGUGUUUGAAAAUAUUAGCAGAAAUAAAACGACGAAGUCUGCGCACUUGUUGAGUGAUCCGCAGUACAGAGAUACUAUUGAAAUGAAACCGGAGAUGUUCGAACGGCAAAUGGGUGACACAAUGAAUGCUUACGAGAGCAAAAAGAAAAUUCUAGACGAGAAUAUCAUUCAGAAUAAGAAGACCAUGUAUGACUCAAGUCCAUCUAGUUCCGCUAUGAGUGACUCGUCAGACACACUUGUGUGCUCCCCGCGACGGCCCAACGGCCUCAACCCCCGUGACGCUCUAUAUUCGUCUUCGGAUGACGAUUGUUGA